GAGGGAGGGGAAUCGGGCGGUGGGCCGGGCUCCAAGAGAGGGCUCAUCCCCUCUGCUCGGGGCUUCAUAGACCGGCCGCUGCCAGCCCGGUCCCACGGAGGUCCCUGCUCUCUGCUCGCCUCCCCACCGCUCGGAGCAGCUCCCCGGCCGCAUCCCGGACCGUUCCCGGCGCAUUCCCGGAGGAUGCUGUGCGCGGGGCUGGCGCUGGCGCUGUGCGCGCUGCAGCUCGUCCCGGCCGCGCUCGCCGGGCCGCAGCCGCAGCUGCUGGUGGAGCGCAGCGGGGCCCGGCGGCUCAGCAAGGUUGGUGGCUUUGCCUGGGAGAACUGUGGUGACAAGAAGGACCCUGUGGUGCUGCAGAGCCUCUCUGUGGCACCCGACCCCAUCAGCAUCCCAGGGAGCCUGCGUGUCAGCGCAGCUGUCAAGAGUGGCAAGACCAUGGGCUCCCCUCUGAAGGCAGCGCUGGUGGUAGAGAAGGCACUGGGUGACCUCUGGAUCCAGCUGCCCUGCAUCGACCAGCUGGGCAGCUGCACCUACAACGACGUCUGCAACAUUCUGGAUGAACUCAUCCCACCUGGCACGCCCUGCCCGGAGCCCCUGCUGACCUACGGCAUCCCCUGCCACUGCCCCUUCAAAGCGGGCUCCUACUCCCUGCCAGCCAGCGAUUUUGACGUGCCCGAUGUGGAGCUCCCUUCCUGGAUGACCAACGGCAACUACCGCGUCCGGGUGGUGGUCAGCAAUGGCGGGGAGGAGCUCAGCUGUGUCAAACUGGCCUUCUCCCUGCACUCCCACUGAGGGGUGGGACACCGUCCCUCCUAUCCCCUCCAGCUUGGUCCCCUGUCCCCUCCCACCUUGUCCCAACCCAUCCCUGUGAGGUCCAUCCCUCCUGCUGUCAGGAGGAGGCAGCCCCUGUCCCCCCCCAGCAUCUCCUCCCCUGCUACACCCAGAGAGGCCCCUUUGGCUGUUCUGCUGUCCCCAAACCCGUCACCAGGGUGUCUCCUGCCUGGACAGGGUGGCCUUGGAGCCUAACUCCAGCAUGACCUUGGGUUGUUAUUUUUUAUCCAGUUUCUUUUUUUUUUUUUUUUUUUUUUUUUUUUUUUCUUAUCAGGGCAAUUUUAGACAAAAACAUUCCAGGGAAAAGCAGUAUUUCUUGGAGCAGUCCGUGGGGAUGAGGGAGUGUUUGGGAGUGCUGGGGUAGGCUAGAGGGAUGCAGCACUAGUUGCAAAGGGUGUUCCUGCUUCCCACCAUCUCUGGCCAGAGCAAAGGGCUGUUUUGCAGAAGUGUCCCCAAAGUGGCUGCAGGAGACCUGUCCCCACACAGCAGCUUUGGAUCUGCUGUUGCUGUAUCCUUGUCCUGCAUGGGGAACCAGCUUGGUGGCAUGAGGCACCUGAGAAGGUGCCUCCCUCUCCUCCUGUGGCAAACAGGAACACAAGAGGAUAGAAACCACCCAAGCCCCACAUGGACAUUCCCACUUAGAGGGGACCAAGAGGCUGGUGAUGCUCCCAGCAGCAGAAGAGGUUGCUGGUUGAUGGCUGUGCUCAUUCCAGAGGGGGACACAAGGCUGUGAUGAGCUGCUGGGGCACAGCCUGGCUGAGGACCAGUCACAUUCAUCUCAUUUUUCCUCUGGGAGUGAGCCGAGGCAGGAUGCUGCACAGGGACUAUCCUUCCCGUAUGCUGGCAGAGGCACCCAAACACAGCAGCAUCCUGAACGUGGGAUAACUGGGAGAUGACCAUGAGGACCAGCAGCGUAGAUCCCAUUUGGGGGUGUCCUGACUGUGGCUAGGGACUGUCAUGUGGGCAGGCAGCAUCCUUCUUGCAAAAGCUUUGAGCAGGGUGUGAGGCUGUCAUCACUCCCCUGUGCCAGGUGCCACCAGCCACCCACAUCCCUUGCUGUCCCUGCCUGCUUGUGUUAUGUAGCCCCUCGAUAGGGCUGGUCUUCUACAAGCACUUUAUAUGCCUUAACUGCUGCGGGUGUUCCUCCACCGCGCAGAUGUGCUCCCACUGCCUUUCUGUGCCCUCCACUCGCUUUGUUUCACCCCGUGGCUUUGCCUGGAGAAGCACUAACCCUCUGCCCCUGCUCCCCUUCAGUGCCAGGGCAGCAACCUCCUUUUGGGCAGGUUCUGCAUGUUCUUAAUAAAUCUUUUUACCAGGA